AUGGCGGGCAGCCUGAAGAAUCGUGUCUGUAUGCAGCGGGAAAAACUUAUAAUUCACGCGAAAUAUUCACUGAGCCGUCACGAGUUUAUCCGCAGUGUUGCCUUUGAUCAUCAGAUCCGCCUGGAAAGUAACCAUGUGGAGAAAUGUAACAAUGUGGAGAAAUGUGACCAAGUGGAAAUCCACCACAACCAAUAUUUACGCUUGGAGCCUUCCAAGGAGCACCUUGCCAAAGGGAUGGUUAAGCUGUUGUCAGCAAACGAAUGGUUCCAGUUCAGCCUGGUGGUCGAGGACACGCUACUUCACGACGGCUUCUACACCACUUUACGGCAGCUCACGUGCUCGAAGAAAUGGACGGUCGAGGAAGAUAUGGUAAUUCAUGGACGCGCUAAUUUUGCUGAGCUACGACACGCCAUAGACCAACUCAAGGACGACAAGGCCCGAAUUGUUGUUCUUCAUGGCAGCGACGAGUUCGCUCGGAUGUUGUUCACCAUGUCCGAAAUUAGAGAUUUAACCGAUUUAGGGCACACAUGGAUAUUAACAGAAAACGCCGUGCCGAAAAGGCGUGGAUUUGUACGCAAUUUCCCAAUGGGAACAAUUGCCCUGAAAAUGACAGAGGCCAUUAAAGUUUACGAAAUCAUCAAUGAUAGCGUUGGCAUGGUGAUCACGGCGAUGGCUGGUCUGAACCAAUUCACGCAGCAAAACUCUGUGAACAGGGUCACCUGUUCCAGUCCCAUAGACAAGAUCCAUUACACAGACGGGCACGAUUUAUAUAGAGCAUUAUUACACACCAAGUUUCCGGGUGAGUCUGGACCUCUUAUGUUUGACGAGGACGGGGCACUCGUCUUGUCAAAGUUCAAGAUCAAAACUCUAACGAAGGAGAACCGACGUCGGGAAUGGAAAGACGUAGGAUUCAUCAAGGGUGAUCAGGUGAAACUGAGUCAUAUCGUCUGGCCAGGGAAGUAUUACGUGGACCCUUUUGGCAAAGAGAAAAAGCGUCGCUACCGCGUAGUGACCAACCCUGUGAAACCGUUCGUGAUGGUGGAGCUACCACAUCGCGACUAUCGGCGCUGCUAUGGAGAGACGCCAUGUUUAAAUGUGACAACCAAAGAUAAAGAUCGCCUUAUUGCCAUCAUGCACGAUUACGAGAACGGCAUUUUCAACGAGAGUAAUCAGUACGAGGUGCGUUGCUGUCGCGGGUUGACAAUCGACCUCUUGAACGAGCUGGCGCAAGACUUGGAUUUCGAGUUCACUCUCUACCUGGUAGCGGACAAAACAUACGGGGCGGAAGUGCGUGGAGAGUGGAACGGUAUGGUGCGUGAACUGAUUGACGGCACGGCGCACAUGGCUGUGGCCGCAAUGAGCAUCACCAGGCCGAGGGCCAUGGCUAUAGACUUCACAGAUCCCUAUUUUUUCUCCAGAUUUUCUGUGCUCGUAGCCGAUCGGGGAAAAGACACACAAAUGCAUGCCUUUUUGGAACCAUUUUCAAUCGAAGUUUGGUUCGCUAUAAUCUUAAGUGCCACAACAGCCGCUAUAACAAUGGCGUUCUUUGAAUGGAACAGCCCCUUCGGUCUCAAUCCGUGGGGUAGAAAGCGGAAGCAGAAUUAUACAUUAGCUUCCGGUGUGACUAUGGUAUAUUCAAUUCUUUUCGGCCACACGGUGAAAACGAAAUCACCGAAAGCUUGGCCUAGCAAAGUGAUGCAAAACUUUUGGGCUUUUGCCUGUAUUUUUAUUAUCGCCAGUUAUACGGCCAACAUGGCUUCCUUCAUCGCCGGCAAAUCGUCGGGACAUCAUUAUCAAAAUAUAUAUGAUCCUAAGCUUUUAGAUAUUCGGGUUGGGAUCUUAGAAGGAAGCGCCGUGGAGGCCUCCCUAAAGAGAAUCAAUCCUAAAUUGUAUUUGGUAGCCAAACAAUAUACCGUGCCUUCAACAGAUGUCGGAAUUGACCGCUUGAUAGCUGGUCUGCUAGACGGGUAUUUGGGAGAUUAUCCUAUAUUAGACUAUGCUCGAGCUAAGUUAGAUCCUCGCUGUGAACUAAAGCUGAUGUCUCAGUUUGGAGAGGACGGCUACGGAAUCGGAUUACCCAAGGGUUCCCCGCUGAAGGCGCCUCUGAACGAGAAGAUUUACUCGUACCACCAGAACGGGAAGAUCGACGACUUGGUGGAGAUCCACUUUGCAGAUGCGCAGUGCUAUCAGCAGAGACGCACGCAGGAAGAGUCCCAGCUGGCCGUCACCCACCACGCGGGCCUCUUCGUCAUGCUGAGCGUGGGCAUCGGGGUGGGCAUCCUGGUGUGCUUUCUAGAGCACGGGGUGUACAAGUGGCUGGUGCCCUACCUCCGGCUGAGGCCCGGCAACAGCAACUGGAGGAGCAUUCACCUCAUGUUCAUCAGUCAGCGGUUACACCGUAUCAUCACAAGUGCGGAGCUCGUAUCAGCCCACGACUCGGCCAAGGAAAUACUCGGCAUCAUGAAAAAUAGAGAAUUCACGAGACUCUUCCAGAAAAGUACAAUAAGAAAAAACAAACUCGCAGACAUGGCAAAAACGAAGCGCUUGAACAGAAACUUUUACGAUGUUGUUGAAAAGGCCAAGUGGAUGCAAGAACUGAGAGACAAGCAUUUGAUCGACGAUAGUCCUGAGCUGACACCCACUACGCCACAUAUUGUUGAAAUUCCGCUAAAGGAGUUUGGUAGAGCGACAGAAGAAGCCGUCCAAGAGCUUGACACGUCUCAUCUACAACCCGGCAACGGCGCCAUCAGAAAGCGCUCCACGGACUGGCCGGACAACUGGCAAGCUGAUUGGCUCCUGAGUGAAGACCCGGCUAUUGGGCCCUGGUCGUACGAUAACGAAAGUGAUACGACUAAAGACGCCUCCUCAAUAGAAGACGGUCAACUUAUGUUACUAGAUAACGGAAGCGAAAACCAUCUUGCCUCUUCAAAUAUGCAGAACAACAGUCAAUUGCACGCAGGUGGAAGCCAGAUCUUAUUUCCAACUGCGGCGUCGGAUUAUGACACGCCUCGACAGUUGAUGCGGUUUGACAAUUUACCUAAUGGUCACAUAUCGUGUGGGGACUUACCCGGAAUUCUGGAUGACUCGGUGCCACGGCAUUAUUACCGAGGUGGCUCCAAGCGGAGGAAAGUAAGCUGGGGCGGGGAAUACCCGGAACGUCAGAGGACUUCACUACCUCAAAGGCAACCCUCGUUACCCAUCAAAAACAAUCGGCUGAAAGCGCUGAUGAAUAAACGCAGAAGCCUGCAAGGCCAUGUUGACGAUGUGGAGCUUGCGCAUCAACAUCAGAGGCUCGACGAAUUGUCCAAAGAGGAGCUGGUCGUUUUGUGGAAGACCUCGGAGGUCGAACUCAACCAAAAAUUAGACAUUGCACUGAGGGAGAAAGCCCGUUUAGAGAAAAAGCUGGCGAGGAUGGAGGUUGAAUCCCCGGUAUGACGAAA